CGAGGCGGCGGCAGCGGCAGCGUCCGGCGGGACCUACCGGCACCGGCGCCUCCGCUCCGCCCGCCCACCCCGGCCGCCUCCCGAGCGGGGCGGCCCCUCGGCGCGCCGGGGCGUGGCGCGCCCGUCCGUGCCCCCCUUCCCCCGGUUGAUCGAUCCCUCGCGGCCGCCGCCCCCAUGGCCGCCCCGCCCGCCCCCCGCCGCCGCCCCGGCCCCCAGCGCCGGGGCUGAGCCCGGCAGCCUCCCAGGCGCCGCCCCCGCUUCCCCUCCCCGCUGCGGGGAUCCGCGCCCCCGCCCGCCUCGCUCCUCGUUCCCCCCCCCGGCCGCGGCCGCCUCCCCGGGGGCGGCGGGAGGAAGCCGGGGCGUGGGGCUCCGGCGCCCAGGGCGACCCCAAGAUGGCUGGAGGCGGCGGGGGCGGGCGCGGGGGGCUGUGCUGAUCGGCCCCGCCGGGACGGGACAGGACGGCUCGGCUCGGACUCGCCUGGCCCCGCAGCCCCUCCGCAGAGCCUCGCCGGGCGGGCGGGCGGGCGGGCGGGGGAGGCGGUUCCCUGGAGCGGGGUUGUUCCGGUGACUUUAUUUAUAAUUUUUUUUAAAGAAAACCUUUUUUUUUUUUUUUAAAUUCUUUUUAUUUUAUUUUUAACGCGUCCCCGGUCUCCGCUCUCCAGCCGGGCAGCUCAAGAUGGCUGAGAGCUGACUCGGCUCUCCCGGAACCGCUCGCUCCGGCCGCUCCUCCCGGCUGCCCGCCGCCGCCUCUCUCCUUCCCGGCGGGGCCGCGCCGGGGAAGGCACCGCUCCGCCGGCGGCUCGGGCACCGUCCCCGCGUCCCAGCGCAUUGUUGCCGUCGGGGGCUUGCGACCCCCCGGCUGGCCAUGAGAGCGGGCUAGGUCGGACCCUCCCGGGCGCCCUUUUUUUUCCCCGGCCCCGGUGGGAAGUGGGAGCAGGUUGAUUUGGGGUCCGCGGGGCUCAGAUCCCCCCGUUGCAAAGCCCGUCCCCUCUCCCAUCCCUCUCCGGGAGCGUCGGAGGAGCUGGGCGGGCUGUGCUUGGCUGGGGUUUGCUCUGAAUGACCGAGCUCUCCCAUUCAAGACCUCGCAAUCUCGAAGCAGGCGAGAGGGCUUUUUUUCUUCUCCUUUUUUUUUUUUUUUCUGUCUUAUCUUUUUUUUUCCCCUCUUCCUUUUUUUUCCUGCUGCUCCUCCGAUUUAGAAGCAAAUCUCGGGGGCCGCGGAGAGAAUUCGUUUUUCCGCCAUCGUCAUCGUCGCUAUUAUUAUUAUUAUUUUUUUAAUCUUCCUCCUUUUCCCAUUUUGGAUCUUAACCCUUUGAUCUGUUUCCUUUAAAAGACUCUGAUUCCCAACUCCCAUCAGGGGAAGAGGGAGGAGAAAUCCAGGGGAGAAAAAAAAGCCCGAGCGAGUCGGUGCCCUCAGCUGUUGGCCAGGUUUGGUGGGGGACAAAAGUCCCCUUAAAAUAUUGAAUGUCAGUUGCAAACCUAAGAAAAGAAAAAUCUGAUCUGGAGCGCUAAAUUUAGGAGCUUUAUAUGGAACUUGGACUCUGCUGCUGGAUUUUGUAUGGAUUUUUUUCAACCUUUGGGAGGACAGACCCCAGCGUCCGCCCCUAGACCGCACUGAGCGACCGAAGUGGCUCGGGGGAAGUGUCACCAGAGCUGCCGGCAGAGAUGGCCGAGAAUUGGAAGAACUGCUUCGAAGAGGAGCUCAUCUGCCCCAUUUGUCUGCACGUCUUUGUGGAGCCAGUCCAGCUGCCCUGCAAGCACAACUUCUGCCGAGGCUGCAUCGGGGAGGCGUGGGCCAAGGAGUCGGGCUUGGUGCGGUGCCCGGAGUGCAACCAGGCCUACAACCAAAAGCCCAACCUGGAGAAGAACCUGAAGCUCACCAACAUUGUGGAGAAGUUCAACUCCCUCAACCUGGAGAAGCCCCCCUCAGUCCUGCACUGCGUCUUCUGCCGCCGGGGCCCACCGCUGCCUGCACAGAAGAUCUGUUUGAGGUGCGAGGCUCCGUGCUGCCAGUCCCAUGUCCAGACCCACCUGCAGCAGCCCUCCACGGCCCGGGGGCAUCUCCUGGUGGAGGCGGAGGACGUGCGGGCCUGGAGCUGCCCCCAGCACAACGCCUACCGGCUGUACCACUGCGAGGCCGAGCAGGUGGCCGUCUGCCAGUUCUGCUGCUACUACAGCGGGGCCCACCAGGGACACUCGGUGUGCGACGUGGAGAUCCGCCGCAAUGAGAUCCGGAAGAUGCUGAUGAAACAGCAGGACCGCCUGGAGGAGCGGGAGCAGGAUAUUGAAGAGCAGCUCUACAAGCUGGAAUCGGACAAGCGGCUGGUCGAGGAGAAGGUAAGCCAGCUGAAGGACGAGGUUCGCCUGCAGUACGAGAAGAUGCACCAGAUCUUGGACGAGGACUUGCGGAAGACCAUGGAGAUCCUGGACAAGGCCCAGGCCAAGUUCUGCAAUGAGAAUGCAGCCCAAGUCCUGCACCUCAACGAGCGCAUGCAGGAGGCCAAGAAGCUCCUCAGCUCUGUUCAGGUCAUGUUUGACAAAACUGAGGACAUCAACUUCAUGAAGAACACCAAGUCUGUGAAAAUCUUAAUGGACAGGACCCAGAACUGUACAGGUGGCAGCCUGCCCCCACCCAAAAUCGGCCACCUGAACUCCAAGCUCUUCCUGAACGAGAUCGCCAAGAAGGAGAAGCAGCUGAGGAAGUUGCUGGAAGGUCCUCUGAGCACCCCUGUCCCCUUCCUGCAGAGUAUCCCCAUGUACCCCUGCACCGUCAGCAACUCCGGCGCGGAGAAGCGCAAGCACUCCACCGCCUUCCCCGAGGGCAGCUUCCUCGAGCCAUCGUCCGGGACUGUGGCGAGCCAGUACAUGAGCCAGGGCGCUUCAGCUGGCGAGGGGCAGUCCGCACAAGCCAUGGUGCCUUGUAGCUCCACGCAGCACAUAGUUGGACUUCCUAGCGGCCCGCAGCCGGUGCACUCGGGCUCCGUCUUCAACCCAUCUCACUACCCCAACACCACGUCAUCUCAGCAGUCCGUGCUCUCCCAGUAUGGCGGGCGCAAAAUCCUCGUCUGCUCCGUGGAUAACUGUUACUGUUCCUCUGUGUCCAACCACAGCGGGCACCAGCCCUACCCGCGGUCGGGGCACUUCCCCUGGACAGUCUCGUCGCAGGAGUACUCCCACCCACUGCCGCCCGCCCCCGCCGUCCCCCAGUCGCUCCCGGGACUUGCCGUGAGGGAAUGGAUUGACGCAUCCCAGCAGCACGGGCGGCAGGAUUUCUAUAGGGUCUACGGCCAGCCUUCGGCGAAACACUACGUCACCAGUUAACCGUCACACUCUCUGGAGAGUCCCGCUCGAUGACGUGUUCAGACAGAAAAGUCUGGUUUGGUUUGGCUUUUCUUUUUUUUUUUUUUAACCCCUUUUAAAUCAAACCCAAUUUUUUCCCUGCCUCACACCCCUCCAGGAUUUUGGGGAGGGUUGUUUUAUCGUAUCUCUCUUUUCUUUUUUUUUUUUUUUUAAUCCUUUUAAAAUUAAAUAAUAAGGUUUUUUCAUUUUAAUUCUUUUUUUAAUUUAAUUUUGGAAAGUCCUUCUUGCCCCUCGCUGGGAAAACACGAGGGAGAAAUUACUGAGAAGAAAUUGAUGGGGAUUUCAGUCGGACGUCUGGGUCUGUGCGUCACUCUCUUCCUCACUCCUCUCUGCCUUUGGAAAACUUCAGAAGGGACAAUGGCACCUUCUCUCUUUCCAUUUCUCUAAGUUCAUUUUCUCUGGUUUGAUUCAGUUUUUCCCUUUUCCCCACCCCUUUCUUUCCCUUUUUAAAAAGAAAAGAAAGAAAAAAAGUCUAUCAUUGAUUCAGUAUGAAACGAUACUUGUAGAUUUUGGGUUUGUUACCUUUUUUUUUUAAAGGCUGGGUUUUUUUGUGUUAUGAGGCCACUUAUCAUGCAUAUUGGCAUUUUUUUUCCUUCUUUCAGAGAUUUGUAAAUACACAAUGGCAGGAAAUUUAAUGCACAAAAAAAAAAAGGGAAAAGAAACUUUAAAAAAAAAAACCACGAAUAAAUAAAUAAAAAAAAAAUCUGUUCUAGUUUUCAGGAGGGGAAGCGUUGCUGAAAGGCACCCCCGUCCUGUGUAUCGCUGAUGCAACUUCCUGUAACAAGCACUUUGUAUAAAAAAAAAAGUGGACUUCCUGCUAUAAGGCACAGGUAUUUAUUCUGUAACCGAUUUUAGAUACACACACAGACACACACACACACAUAAAAUAUUCAAAUAAAUGUGAUCACUUAGUGCAAA